CUGAGCGCGGAGCCGCGGCGGGCGCGGGAUCCGGGCCGGGGCGCGAGCCGAGCGCAGCCUGCCGGGCCGAGCGGGCGGAGCGAGCCGAGCGGGGCCGAGCGCGCCAGCGGCGGCAGCAGGCGGAGCGGAGCGCGGCACGCCGGGGCCGCCACCGGGGGGAUGCGGCUACCUUCCCGGGCCGGGGUGUAGAGAGGGCGGGUCCCCGGCCUCGGGAGCGCGGUGGUGGAAGGGACGGAGGAGGCGGCCAUGGCGACCCCCGGCAACCUAGGGUCCUCCGUCCUGGCGAGCAAAACCAAGACCAAGAAGAAGCACUUCGUAGCGCAGAAAGUGAAGCUGUUUCGGGCCAGCGACCCGCUGCUCAGCGUCCUGAUGUGGGGGGUAAACCACUCGAUCAAUGAACUGAGCCAUGUUCAAAUCCCUGUUAUGUUGAUGCCAGAUGACUUCAAAGCCUAUUCAAAAAUAAAGGUGGACAAUCAUCUUUUUAACAAAGAAAACAUGCCGAGCCAUUUCAAGUUUAAGGAAUACUGCCCGAUGGUCUUCCGUAACCUGCGGGAGAGGUUUGGAAUUGAUGAUCAAGAUUUCCAGAAUUCCCUGACCAGGAGCGCACCCCUCCCCAACGACUCCCAGGCCCGCAGCGGAGCUCGUUUUCACACUUCCUAUGACAAAAGAUACGUCAUCAAGACCAUUACCAGUGAAGACGUGGCCGAAAUGCACAACAUCCUGAAGAAGUACCACCAGUACAUAGUGGAAUGUCAUGGGAUCACUCUUCUUCCUCAGUUCUUGGGCAUGUAUCGGCUUAAUGUUGAUGGAGUUGAAAUAUAUGUGAUUGUUACAAGAAAUGUGUUCAGCCACCGUUUGUCUGUGUAUAGAAAAUACGACUUAAAGGGCUCUACAGUGGCUAGAGAAGCUAGUGACAAAGAAAAGGCCAAAGAACUGCCAACUCUGAAAGAUAAUGAUUUCAUUAAUGAGGGCCAAAAGAUUUAUAUUGAUGACAACAACAAGAAAGUCUUCCUGGAAAAACUGAAAAAGGAUGUUGAGUUUCUGGCCCAGCUGAAGCUCAUGGACUACAGCCUGCUGGUGGGAAUUCAUGAUGUGGAGAGAGCUGAACAGGAGGAGGUGGAAUGCGAGGAGAAUGAUGGGGAGGAGGAGGGUGAGAGCGAUGGCACCCACCCGGUGGGGACACCCCCAGACAGCCCCGGGAAUACACUGAACAGCUCACCACCCCUGGCUCCUGGGGAGUUCGAUCCAAACAUCGACGUCUAUGGAAUUAAGUGCCAUGAAAGUAAGUUUUAUUACUGUGGACUCUCUUUGCACGUGAGGUGGUUUGACUUUGGCCUUGUUAUUUACCAGUAUUCGUGACCCCAGUUACAAGGGAGCUGCCUGGCAGCACUCAUUCUCCAGACCCCAAAGAAAUGGAUUUGGGGAUAAGAGUAUGUUAAAGGUAACCGCGAUCUCAGUGCUGAAACAUAAGUGAUCGAACCUUUGAAUUCUGCGAUGUUGAGGGAAUAGAACAAAACCACAGAUUACUUUACACAACACAUAUACACAGCUACAACACACAUGUACAUAUG